UUAGUGAAUAAUUAAAAAAAAAAAAAUUAAUAGCGCUUUUAAUGAAAUUUUAAAAGAAAUUGCUUACCUCCUUUCCCUUUUUAAACCCUCGAAAAUAAUGUCACGCGACUAAUUAAAGAAAAAUAAACAGAUGCGCUGACAUGAGUGAUCAAACACCACCAAAGACACCUACACCACAAGAAACAACGAGUGAUAGAGAAAAUGGAACUAGUGCAGGUGCUACUGCUACUGCUGCUGCUCCUAGUACAGAAACAGAAGCGGAGGUAGAGUUCAGUACUAAUCCAACCCAAACAGAAUUUCGACAAAAUCAUACACGUCCAAAUUUGGCACCACCACAACCUCAUGAGCUAACUGCGGAGUGGACCGUGCGUGCAAAGUUGACAUUUGCUCGAGCUGGUGAAAAUGUGCGACGCGAAUUUAGUUCCAAUGAUCCUACUAAUCCAGUACGUGUGAUUUAUAAAUGGUCCACAUUAGAUGGAUCGCACACAAACAUCGAUAAUGAAGAUGAUGAAGAAACAACUACUUCCACUCAGCAAAGUCAGCAGCAACAAAUGUCAAAAGGCUCACAAAAAUCAACGCCACUAAAGCCAACAUCAACGUCAACGUCAACAUCAACGACACAACGUCAACCAUUAAAUCGUCAACAACAUCAUGAAAGUUUUCGUUCGACAACUUCCUCCAAUUAUGCUGACUAUGGUGGAGCUGAUUCAGCUUUCAGUGGUUCAAAUGCUUCAAAAUCGAAUCAACAAGCGUCGUCUAAUAAGCAGAAACAACCACGACAACAACAAUCAUUUACAACUUCAACGAAUGGUGUUGGCAGCACAUCAGCAAGCACAACUGCAACAAACCCUGGCUAUGGUACACGUUGUCGUAGUACUUGCAAUAUUAUUGUUUCUGCGGUGGCAGAUUUUUUACCAGCGGAUGCAAUAGCAGCCGCUGUGGCUAGUAAUGAUAACUUAAUGUCCACUCACGCCACAAGUGCUGCUGAAUUUAUAGCGGAAGAAGAACCAGAUCCAUUUAUUUUUAACACUACCGCCUCUUACACAAUUUUACCUGAAAAGACUUUUGAAGAUACAUUUCAUUCAACGUCAGCAUCCAGGAAUUUUUCGCAAUGCAAUAAAAUUCUUAAUUUACGUGAUGCUUUCUCGCAAACUAGUGACACGGAAACUAAAUAUUUUGAAGAAAAAUCUCAACGUCGAAAAGAUUUUAACCGAAGCCCAAAUAAUGUUCCUACUGCGUAUGGAUCGUUGGAACAAAAUUUGCAAAACAAACAACAACAACAGCAACGAAAAGGAUACGAUUAUCGACGUUUAACAUCCGAAGCAUUAUUGCAACCAACAUUUAGCGGUAAUGUGCAAGCGGGCGAGGGUAGCAUUUUUAUGCCUUCGUUAACACCUUCACCAACGCAGACUUUUAAAUCUGCUUCAUUACCACGUAUACCACCAUUAUCAGAACAAGCGUACAAUAUGCAGCAAAUUCAGCAGCAGCAACAACAACAACAUAAAUCUUCUUCCAGUGAGCAACAGAAGAAACCUCGCACUGUCCAUAUUGACGUCUACUGUACUGGCUCUGAAGAUGAAGAACAGGCUGAUGCUGAAGCAUCCUCAAGUAGUUCCUCAGAAGGAGGUGCAAGUAAACAAUAUGAAUUGGAAUCAAAUUCAACUCCGCAAACAGUUUUAGAUACGGAACAAAUGUUACUAAGACAUCAACGCAUAACAGGUGGUACCUUACCACGUCGCAUAACACAACAGCAUCAGCGACAUAAACAACAGCAACAGAAGUCGGACUCACAAGCUGAUUUGAAUAUUGGCCAUGCUAUUACCAAAUCAAGUACUGCUGAAGAAGUAAACGAGUCGAAACAAUUGCUAUUUCGCAAACAUAUUGGCGAUCAACGUGCUAUAAAAUUACAGAAUUUACGCCAGAAAUAUAUUCGUCAGUCUAGUGAUGAUGUGCUAAGUUCUAGCUAUCCAAACUCUUCUCACUCCACCAUACGUGAUGCUACUUGUAGCAGUAUUUCAAGUACGGUGCCUUCAACUCAAGCCGAUGCAGGUGAUUCAUCUUGGAAAGAAACUGAAGAGCCGGGAGAAAUAUCUUAUUCUCUAGCAAAAUCUGAUAGUUUUGAUUAUGAUAACUCAAUUGAUCGUCUACGCAUACAUCAAAUGGAAAGAUUUUGGUCACGUAGUGUUAGUGAGGAACACACAGCAGGAUCACAAAUGACAUCACCAACACAUUAUCCAUCAUCCAAAUUUUUACAACCCAUAUAUGAGGUAAAUUCACAACGCAGCUCACCUUUUUCAACACCAUUUCAACGCAAUGAUACAUUACCAUCAGAAUCAGAAAAUUUAUCAGAAACUGAUGUGUUUAAUACGUAUCCAGGACGUAGCGGUGCUAUACCACAUUAUCAACAGCACUUGCAAAAACAUAUUACUAGUACUGAGCAACCACCCAUACAAACGCAAACUUCGUUACAGCAAGUUUCACAUUUUCCACGCAAUCGUCCAGGAUUUCUACAAUUUUUUGGUCCACAUGCAACCUCCAGUCAACAAGAUGACGAUAAAGUAAAUAUUUCAGGAGAACCAACAUCAGCACCAAUUAUACCAGAUACAAUCGAACAGCAGCAUUUACUAUAUCCUAACUAUCAACAUAAUUUUGCACGCUGGAAAAGUGAAACUCGUGAUAAUUUAUCUAAUCCGAGUCUAACAACUUCACCAUUAACUGUUCAAAGUCAACGUAGUUCACCGCAACCGUUAACCGCUCAAAAAUGCUAUUCUCCUCCACUACAACGUUGUGGAAGCGAAGCACCACCUACUACUACUACAGCAAGUACAUUUACGUUUCAAUCGCCAGCUGUAGCGCGUAGAUUUGAAAUGAAGCGAGAUAGUCCUGCAGUCAGCGAAACUUCAACUAUAGUUUCUGGCUAUACGCCAGAAUACUUGGAAAAAGCAAAAAAAUUUGGUAAGGUAGUAAGCACAGUUCGAAAACCAGGGCAUCAUGUAGGCCCCACCAAAAAUCCUAGCUGCACUUGUGAAAGCUGUCAACGCUGGUUAUCUGAACGUUUUCAGAUUCGGGGUCGCGCCUUUUCACUUGGUGAACGACCCAUAUUGAAACGACCGACAUAAUUGGAAGACAUUUGUUUAAUACUAACAGUCACUCACUGCCAGUACAGUAGAACGCAGAUAUAAAUUUAUAUACAUAAAUUAAGCUCUUAUAAUGCAUUUAGUGUUAAAAUAUAUGCUUCAUGUAAAUUAAUGUUACUAUAUGUCCAAAUUGUUAUUUACCUACUGUUUUGUUAUUUUCUAAUUAUUUUUAAAUUA